GGAGCAGCGCGCGGGCGGCGCGGUGGGCGGGGCGGCGCCGCCGCCGGGUGACGGGAGCCAUGUUGGCGGCGGCGGGCCGGCGGCUCGGCGGGGCCUGGCUCAGUUCAUGGCUGCCCCAGACGGUUCAGUUUCAAGGAAGUCACUGGCAAACUUCAUUGCUGGCAUUUAAGGCAUCUCUCCCUAUGAGAGUACAACCAAAGAAGAAGAAGAAAGUAGAUAUAAAGAGAGAGCAAGCACAGAAGGAUCGUAUGAAGAAGAAGAUAAGAAAGUUGGAAAAAGCUGCCCCAGAAAUGAUUCCAAUUGAGGAUUUUUUGACACUGCCUAAAUACUCAGAAAGCAACAGAGUGCGAAGUCUUCAAACUCUGUCUUUUGAGGAGACUGAAAGAAGAGUUCUACUUAUGAAAAAGUGGUCUUUGUAUAAGCAGAAACAAGACGAGGCAGAGAAGAAAGCAAUUCAGGCUCUUGUAGCAUCUCAACAAGAGGCACUAAAGGAGCUGCGCCUUGAAUCAGAGGAGUUAUAUCAAGCAGCAAUAAGACGAGAUGAGGGACUUUUUCCCUUUGAGAGAGAUGGACCUAAUUACACCCCACCACUUCCUGGUUAUGAUCCUCCUGAAGGAAAAUGUGUUGAUAUCACCAAGGUAUAUACACAGUGAGAUGUCUGCAGAAAAUCUUAUAAAAACAUACUACAUUCUGGAGUGCUGGAAGUUAUAUUACUUUAAUAAAGUAAUGAGAAGGGAAGAGUUUAUCGUUCAUCUGGCAUGAGCUACUCAGCUAGUUGAAGAAUAAAAGAUCAGAAUGAGAAUGAAUGAUUCCUUUUGCAAUUUAAAACCCUGUAGGUGUGUGACUGCAAUAACAAAAAACAACCCAAAAACUCACCACCAUGAAAUGUGUUUUCCUUUCAAAACCAGCUACCUAGGUAAUAAAACAUUCAACAGAA